AUGGAGGAGCGGGGCCAGUGGAGCAACAAGUUAGAGUUUGUCCUGUCAGUCGCUGGCUCCAUCAUCGGCCUGGGCAAUAUGUGGCGCUUCCCUUACCUCUGCUACAAGAACGGAGGAGGUGCAUUCCUCAUCCCCUACCUGAUCUUUCUGUUCACCUGUGGCGUUCCCGUCUUCUUCCUGGAGACAGCCCUGGGCCAAUUCACCAGCCAGGGCGGCGUUACCUGCUGGAGAAAAAUCAGUCCGUUGUUUGAAGGUCUUGGCUAUGGUACCCAGGUGAUAGUGACUCUGUUGAACUUCUACUACAUCAUCGUUCUGGCCUGGGGGAUUUUCUACCUGUCUUUUUCCUUCUCUUGGGACCUGGCCUGGUCAUCCUGCAACAACACAUGGAAUACAGGUAACACGUGUGCAUCAAAGUACAACAGAGGGUCCUACCAAAAAAACUGUGUGGAGUUUCAGAGGAGAAACACCUCAAUUAACGCAACAAUCAACCUAAAUGUCAGCUCUCCUGUCAUUGAGUUCUGGGAGAGAAGAGCGCUGAGAAUUUCCCCAGGCAUUGACAACAUGGGCUCUCUGAACUGGGACCUAGCUCUGUGUCUGUUCAUUGCCUGGGUCAUGUGCUACUUCUGCAUCUGGAAGGGGGUGAAAUCCACAGGAAAGGUGGUCUACUUCACUGCGACCUUCCCAUAUGUGAUGCUGAUUGUGCUGCUGAUCAGAGGGCUCACCCUGCCUGGUGCUGGGAUAGGCAUCCAGUUCUACCUUUACCCUGACCUGGGACGACUAUCGGACCCACAGGUGUGGAUGGAUGCUGGCACCCAGAUCUUCUUCUCCUAUGCCAUCUGUUUAGGGUCGCUGACAGCUCUGGGCAGCUACAACAAAUACAACAAUAACUGCUACAGAGAUUGCCUCGCUCUGUGCUUUUUGAACAGUGGCACCAGUUUUGUGGCAGGCUUUGCCAUCUUCUCCAUCCUGGGUUUCAUGUCUUAUGAACAGAAUGUUCCCAUCUCAGAAGUAGCAGAAUCUGGUCCUGGCCUUGCCUUCAUAGCUUAUCCCCGUGCUGUGUCCAUGAUGCCCUUCUCGCCUUUGUGGGCCGCCCUCUUCUUCAUCAUGAUUGUUUUUCUGGGGCUGGACAGCCAGUUUGUGUGUGUCGAGAGCCUUGUGACGGCGAUAGUCGACAUGUACCCCGCUGUGUUUCGCCGUAAAAACCGCAGGGAGCUCUUCCUGUUAGGCGUUGUCCUCUUCUCCUUCCUAAUGGGCCUCAUCAUGUUGAUGGAGGGGGGUAUGUACGUCUUCCAGCUCUUUGAUUACUAUGCAGCCAGUGGCAUGUGUCUUCUCUUCAUGUCCAUCUUUGAGACUGUCUGCAUUGCAUGGGUCUAUGGUGCAGAUCGCUUUUAUGACAACAUUGAGGACAUGAUUGGCUACCGUCCAGGACCUUACAUCAAAUACUGCUGGUUGUUCUUCACCCCAGCCACGUGCAUUGGUACCUUUGCCUUCUCCCUCAUCAAAUACACUCCUCUGAAGUACAACAAUGAGUAUGUGUACCCCUGGUGGGGCUAUGUCAUUGGCUGGCUGCUUGCUCUCUCCUCCAUGGUCUGCAUCCCACUCUGGAUGGUGUACAAAAUCAGCACUACCCAGGGGACACUCAGAGAGCGCAUCCAGCUGCUCAUCACACCAUCUGACGAUUUACCCAAAACCAAGAGGGAGCAGGAGAAGUUACUGGCCAUCUUUGCUCCUGAGGGAGAUGCCACCAUGACUAGAAAUGGCUACUUUCCUGUCUCAGAGAAGGACUCCAACAUAUGAGGCCCCAGUGGUGAUGUGUAUGUGAGAGACAUGUGGGUUUGGGUUCCAUUAUUGACUUGCUGCACCCUUCCUCCAUCCCAAAGAUCACUGCAGGGAAAGAUAGAACAAACUGUCACAUGAUCUACUUUAAUACAUAACAUUUAUGGAGGACUCAGGAGACAAUAGGCCUACAGAGCUGGGUUUGGCAGCACUUGUAUGUUUCAGGGAUGGCAGUAAUGUGAUAAAAGAAGGAUAAAGAAAAAGAAAUUAAAAGUAGUUUGUCAUUAAUUGGAUCACUUAGAGGUUUUAGAGGGGACAAGGGCAUUUUUUCAGGGACAAAAGUAAUUUGCUCUACUCAAACUGAAAUCUAUUAAUAUGCUGGCAUAUAUUUCUCAGCUCUGCGGGUGAAAUUUAUGAGUCAGCCUUAUUCCUAAAACAUAUUACGAUUUUAUAAUAGAAGUUAAUGGUAUUUUUAUUUCUGUUAAAUAUGGUAAAUGUAGACAAAAGAUACACAGGUUCCAACAAAAGUUUCAAAAUAAAUUUUUUAGUCUGCACCGUAAGGAUGAGUUUUGUGCAAAUAUAUGACAGCAAAAUCAGUAAUAGUACAGGUUAACCAUUUGUUAUCACUGAAAAGUGGGCUACAUGUAAGUUGAAGUCUCCUUGUGUAUCUGACAUCACUUUGUGGCUAUUUAGUUACAUUUGUAUUAUAUAUUGUAAUAUCAUAAUUGAUUGGGGAAAUUUUCCUUUUUGUAUUUACUGGAAUUGAAAUAAAAUGUUAUAUUUUACAUGACUAGACUGUGAAAAUAUAGAAUGCCAGUGAAAAUUAAAAUUCUAACACUGUAACAGUGCAGUAGAUUUAGGACUGACAUGAUAAAUACAAUGUAGUUUCAUAUUUUGUACUGUAACAUAAUAUGACUGUACAAAUAAAUUUGAUUCUUGUAAGUACGU